UUGAGUUUGGGUUGUUUCAAGUCCUGCAAAAUGACAGCCAGUAGAUUUCAGCAUCAAGCAGGCACAUGAACCACAGCGGCGACCCCCCCCCCCCACACACACACACACACGUAGUUUUUUUCUUUUUCCUUAAUUUGAAUCUAACGAACCAUUUCACUUGAUUUUUUGAGCCGCAACGUCUUUGGGCUUUUUCGUGUGUGCGCGCGCGCGCAUUUAGUUUGUGGCGGCGUCCGUUUUAUGUCAGGAGAGCGACUGGGAUGCUGGCUUAUUAAAGACAUUUUAUGAACAAUCAAAUGGUCGUCGUUAAAAUUUAUAGACAGACCUGAAAACGUGAACGGCCACUCCGUGGGGCUGCCUCGUGACGAUGUUGGGACCCUGUACCCCCCCCCCCCCUUCCAACCAAGUCUUUCCCCAGGAUACGCUUGAAAAGGCCGCAAACGUUUUCGUGGACGUCCCUCGUGCGGCGUCAGACUUUCUCUCCUCUGUUUACAACAACACCGAAAUGAAACAAGAUGUCACAACCGCUCAUAAAUAGCGGGCGAAGAGGGGAUUUUUGUGCAAAGAAAAAUGUGCAACUUGCGACAUUUUCCACUGCAGAAUCAGAGCUUGUCGUAGAGGAUUUCCCAGCCAGACAGAGAUUGAUGACAUGGUCAAAUAGUGCCGGGCUCGCGUUCACGCGCAAGUAUAUCUGCAGCGAUCGCGACGGUCCACAGAUCCUCCGUAGCGCCCCCUCGGUCGAGUCCACGCGAGCCGCAAAAAGCCAGCGGACACGACACUUGCACUUGCGCCUCCAAAGUCGCGCGGCACCGAGACGAAAUGUCCUCAGUUCCCAUUCAAGCGCAAGGCUGUUCCGCGGUAAACGGCGCAUUGAUCCGCCGCACCAUUUUUGUGGGGUAAGUACAGUCACGUGACGCGGCAGCAGCCAAUCGGACGCGGCGGAGUUCGGAGAAAUAAUUACCUGCCUUGAUUGUUCUAUGGCCAGAUCAAAAAAAAAAAAAAAAGUACACAUACGCUCCAUAUAAUAAUCGGAUGCAUGUAAACGAGGCCGCGAAGCUCCGACAUGUCGACCACGGGGCCCAUAAGUAAUUAUUACGUGGACUCCCUGAUCAGCCACGACACCGACCAAGUCCUCGCGGCGGCGGCGGCGGCGGCGGCGGCGGCGGCAGCGGCGGCCGGGACUCGCUUCCCGGCGCCUGCCUCGCACCCAUCCGGUCCUCGUCCAACGUCCCUCGUCCCGGACUACGGAGACUAUCCGUCGUGCAGCUUCGCCCCCAAACCGGCGGUGUUCCCCACGUCCUGGGCCCCCUCGCAGUCCUCGGUGGUGUACCGUCCCUACGGCCACCAGGCUCACUUGGGCACGGACUCGCGCUACGUGCGCUCCUGGCUGGAGCCUUUCCACGGCUACCCGGGCGGCGGCAGGCACUACGGCCUGAAGCCCGACGCCUUCCCGGAGCACAGAGGCGGCGACUGCCUCGGGAGCGCCGGGCGGACCUACGCGGAUUAUCUGUACUGCCCGUCGUCGGACAUGCGGGACAGGACGCUGCAGAGUCUGCCCUCACCGGAAUCCGAGCUGCUGGCGGCGGGGAAGCACAAAGACGACAAGCCGGAGCUGGAUCCCAAUAACCCAGUGGCCAACUGGAUCCACGCUCGCUCCACCAGGAAGAAGCGCUGUCCUUACACUAAGUACCAGACUCUGGAACUGGAGAAGGAGUUCCUGUUCAAUAUGUACCUCACCAGGGACCGCCGCUAUGAGGUGGCCCGGGUCCUCAGCCUGACCGAGAGGCAGGUCAAAAUCUGGUUCCAGAACCGGCGAAUGAAGAUGAAGAAAAUGAACAAAGAGAGCAGCAAGGACAGCAAGGAGCAAUAAUAAUGCGGCGGGAUUCGAACCUGACUGGGAUGGACAGCCAGCACUUCUCUCCUUUGCUCAUUUCAAGCACAUUUUCGACACUCUUUGAUGCUUGUCAUUUUUCUACUUCAAAUUUGUGUCCCUGUCAUUCAAAACAAAAAGGCCAAUGCGACCUUUUGAUUGCAAAAAAAAAAAAAACAAAACAAAAAACAAACAAACAAAAAAAAAAAAAAAACGACAACAACAACAGCCCGUUUUUCCACCGCUUUGUUGUUACGGAAAUGAGAAAAUUACAAAUUCGGACGCCGAAGAGCGAUCCGAAGCGAGAGCAUACUUGAAAUCUUUCACACGUCCAUAAUUGAACUUGCAGGUGAAGUAUUUUGUACAAGAUGAAAACAUCUGCGAUCGUCGUCUUGUUUGUAUUUUUGCGGUAGUUGUUGUGUAUCUUUUGUUUUGGACUGAUUGAAAUGUAGCUUGUACUUGUAGAUGCAAAUAUAAACAUGAGCACCCGAA